AAGUGCUGAGUCAGCACAGAAAUGCUGUCGCGUUUGCUCUGGGUGUUUGCCGUCUUUCUGGGCCACUGUAGCUUCGCCCUCAAGUUCUCAAGCGUCACAGAUCACGUGAGACUAGGAGACGCUAGAGGAAAGGUGGUCGGUUUCGUGGACUUCAAUGCGGACAAAGCCACCGACAUCCUGUUUCAAACGGACAAUAGCAUAUCAGUGUACCUAUGGAGCAGAGAGAAACAGCGAUUUCACUUACACCAGCUCCUGAGCCUGAAUGGAAGUAGCGUGGUGGACACAGUGGCAGUGGACCUCGAUGCUGAUGGUCAGGUGGACUUGCUGACCCUCACAAGAGAGGGAGGAAGGUGCCACUCUAUGACUGUGUACUGGAUGAAACCGCACUCAAGGGGUCCUGCCAUUGAAUACCAGGAAGUGAUAGGGAAUGGAGUUCUCUCCCCGCCACUGGUCCUAGAUGGCAACGGAGACCACAUCCCCGACCUUCUCACCCACAGUUGUCUUAACAAUACCUCCACUCUCUGGCUCAGCAAAGAAUUCCUACGAGAGUUCCAGAAGGAGACCAUUUCGUUGUCACUAAACUACACCAGUAGCUACUAUGUUGAUCUCACUGAUGAUAAUCUAGCAGAUGUGGUGGUAGAAGGGCGUGGCUCAAGUGGCCGGAGUCUUUUGUUCUGGCAGAGGAAUCCAUCAUGUGGUGAUGAGACCUCCUUCCUGUCUCCCUCGCUCCCCGUGCCCCUCCCCUUCCCGCUCUCGUCUGCAGCUGUCUUCAGUCCGCUCACCUUCAAUGAUAUCGAUGGCGAUGGUGAGAUAGAGGCUGUUGGAGUGACGUGUCCUGAUCCAGACUGUACCACUGCUCAUGUCCACAUCCUCUCUCAUCAGUCGUCCUUCCCUACCUCCCCUGAUGGGUGUGGGGUCAGUGGAACACAACCCGUCAACUUCACACAGGUUCACACUGUAGCUGUUCAUGGAGAGUCAGUCUCUCUCUCCUCCCACCCUCCUGUACUGGGAGACCUUGAUCUAGAUGGAUAUCCUGACAUCCUGCUGCCAGUGUCCAGCAGGUUUACAAUGCACCUCAGACGCUACGCAUUAAGUAUGUGCUAAAUGAAAAUGUUGCAAAGUAAGAGCACCGUACGGAGAAAACCACGGAAAACAGUUGCCCCAGAUACGAAUGAAGUUUAACUCACCUCCUACCUACCUUACUCCUUAUCUCCCUCAGCUCUGGUGUGUUGCUGCUAGUUCCCAGGCAGUGCCGUGACAACUGUAACGGGUCAAAGGUCACCUUGGACCCCCAGUGGAUCCCUGUUACCAAUGGCAACGUGACGUCAGCCUUCUUCUUUGACCUCUGGGAGGAUGUGAGACCACACCCACCCACACACACACUUUUUUACCUAACAUACAAGAAUAAACAUUUGCACAUCUCUUUCAGCAGAUCUGCCAAUGAAUGAAUAACCUCACGACCAGUAAAAAGGUUGAAGCUGCUGGGAUUUAACCAUUUACCUUACCGCCUACUAUCUACAAAUGCAGCCCCUUGCAGAUCUGCCGCUUAUCGUACGGGACAUGCUCUAUCAUUUGCAGGGAGUGUUGGACCUGGUGGUGACUGAGGAGAGAGAGCAAGCAGCUGGGUCCUCUCACCAGCUCCUGGCCUUCAGACAUCACCUCCAGGACGACCACGCCUUCCUCAAGGUCCUCGUACCGAGUGGUCACUGCUACCAUAACUGCCGCUCUGGACAAAUGCCCUAUGGCUCAGUACUGCCUGGAGUUGUUGUGAGAUUCUCAACUACCGACAGAAUGGGACGACGGAAAGAGGGUGUGCGUACUUUGACCUCUGGCCACGCCCACCAACUCCCAUUCGCAGUCUUUGGUCUCGGUCAGACUCCGAGUCUAGUGGAGAGACUGGAGGUGGGUGUGGAGGGAGGGGGCGUGACAGCCUCUCGUCAGUGGACUAAUCUGGUGCCCAAUUCUCAAGUCAUAGUCAUCCCCAGUCCUCCCUCCCAGCCACUCAGGUGGAGACUGGAGCUCUACCUGACCCCGGGUCAGCUGGUCUACAGUACUGCUGGGGUCCUGGCUGCACUGUUCCUCGCCACUGCUGUCCUCGUUCUCCUCCUUCAGACCAGGGAGAAGUAUCAGGACAGUAGAGAGAAGAGAAUGGCCAAACACAAGUUCCAUUUCAAUGCCAUGUGAAAACAUUGUGGCGCUCAUCACAGUGAUGUAAUUAUGAUGUAAAAUCACUGUUUUAAUCCAUGAUACAACUAUUGUGCUAACAGAUGAAAUCUGAAUGCGGUUG